UGUACUCAUUACGUCUUGCAACAGAAACGUUUACCGUUUAAGAACAAAACAGAAGCAAACAGAGCAAACGGAAAGAAACGAGGAGGGACCUAGCUGAAUUUGUCCAAUAUAAACUUUCGUUUUCGUUGCAAAACAUUUAUUUUUGCAACUGACGAAACAUUUUGCAACAGAAUCGGCGUAAUGAUGUCGUGGAAAUUCUCUGAGCACAAACACUUGUUACAUAAAUGAGCAUAGUGUGUCGUGUCUUUUUAGCCCAGUGUAAGAGCUCAGUUUGAAGAUGUCUCUUAUAGAAGGUCUUCUCCAGACAUCAAGCACGGUGACAUUGCUGGGGGCUGUGCUGUUUCUCCUUGUCCUCUACCUCCGUGCCUCUGGUUCCAGCUCUGAGGAACAGGGGAAAGAGCCUCCAGGACCCAGGCCGCUGCCCCUGCUUGGCAACAUGCUCCAGCUGGAUCUCAAGAGGCCCUACCUCACUCUCUGCGAGCUUUCCAAGAAAUAUGGCUCCAUCUUCACGGUUCACUUUGGACCCAAGAAAGUGGUUGUUCUGGCUGGAUACAAGACGGUCAAGCAGGCACUGGUCAACCAGGCAGAGGACUUUGGGGACAGGGAUAUCACUCCUGUUUUCUAUGAUUUCAACCAAGGACAUGGGAUUCUGUUUGCCAAUGGAGACUCAUGGAAAGAGAUGAGGCGCUUUGCCCUGACGAACCUUAGAGACUUUGGGAUGGGCAACAAAGGGAGUGAAGACAAAAUCUUAGAGGAAAUUCCUUAUCUGAUUGAAGUGUUUGAAAAACAUGACGGUCAGGCAUUUGACACCACCCAGCCUGUGAUUUAUGCUGUCUCCAACAUAAUCUCGGCCAUUGUCUAUGGCAGCAGGUUUGAAUACACUGACCCCCUAUUCACAGGCAUGGCAGAUAGGGCCAAUAAGAGCAUACGCCUUCUAGGCACCGCAUCAAUUCAGAUGUAUAACAUGUUUCCCUGGUUGGGUCCAUGGAUAAAGAACCUGACGAGUCUGAAGGAAAUUGUUGUCGAUAUGAAGAUGGAGGUGGGAAAGCUGGUGAGGGGCCUGAAGGAGACUCUGAACCCUCAGAUGUGUAGAGGCUUUGUGGACUCGUUCCUUGUCCGAAAGCAGACCCUGGAGGAAUCUGGCAAUAUGGAUUCUCUCUACCAUGACAACAACCUGGUAAUUAGUGUUACAAACUUGUUUGGUGCUGGUACCGACACCACCGGGACAACCCUGCGCUGGGGUCUGCUGCUAAUGGCCAAGUACACUCACAUACAGGACCGGGUCCAGGAUGAGAUCAACAGGGUCAUAGGAAGUCGUCAGCCCUUGGUAAAGGACAGGAAGAACCUGCCCUACACUGAUGCAGUGAUCCAUGAGAUCCAGAGACUGGCCAAUAUUGCACCCAUGGCCAUCCCUCACACCACCAGCCGAGACGUUACCUUCCAGGGAUAUUUCAUCAAGAAGGGGACAUCUGUGAUUCCUCUACUGACCUCUGUCCUACAGGACGAUAGCGAAUGGGAGAGCCCCCAAACGUUUAACCCCGCCCACUUUCUGGAUGAGCAGGGAGGAUUUGUCAGGAAGGACGCCUUCAUGGCCUUCUCUGCAGGUCGUAGGGUGUGUCUGGGGGAGGGUCUGGCCAGGAUGGAGCUCUUCCUCUUCUUCACCUCCCUCCUGCAGCACUUUAGUUUCUCUCCUCCUCCUGGAGUAACAGAGGAUGAUCUGGACCUCACACCAUCCGUGGGGUUCACCCUCAAUCCUUCACCUCACCAGCUGUGUGCUGUCAGCCGCAUCUGAGAUGAGUCUGGGCUCAACGUACGUUACUAAUAGACUCUCCCAGCCAGAUACUAAAUAGUUCAUACAAAAUAAUAAUUUGGUGAGGGCUUAUAUUUCUCCUGUUUCACACAUACAGUGCCUUGCAAAAGUAUUCAUCCCCCUUGGCGUUUUUCCUAUUUUGUUGCA